AUGCUGCCAUACAUUCAAAAGGUGCCAUCUGUUCGAUGCAUGACCCACUUUGCUUGCGCCUUCCAAAAGAAACAAGCGACCCUCAUUUACAUAAAGGUUCGCUUGGAGAAAGUCUAUGCUGAACUCUACAUGUUUCAAAUGUCAAGAAGUCGUUAA